AUGGGUGUUCAAGGAUCGAAACAAGUGCAAAGAAAAUUUCCACAAGCUGCUUCAGAGGUUAAAUCGAGUGCGGUAGAAACACAUGCUAAAAUUCAAAACAAAAAUAAUUUAAAUGAUGCAACAUCUUCUCAUAAAAUUCUAGCAAGUGUAACCCUAAUUGAAGAAGAUGGUAAAGAUCCUCAGUUAUUAAAUAAUUUACAUGAAAUUGGUCAAAUAACUUUAUCAAAAGUUCCAUUACCAUUUAAACAAUCUGAUGAAAUGUUAAAAAUUCUUAAACAUAGACAAAAAGAACUUAAAGAGAAUGAAAUUAUGUUGCAACAAAAUAGAAUUUCUGUGGAUCAAUUGCGAGAAAUGUUGGAAAAAAGAAAUUUUGCUCCUGAUGAAUGGACACCAGAAAAAUUAGCUUCUCAAUAUAAUUUGGAUUUCACUAAACACUUAAAAAUUGCUG